AUGGGCGUGACCACCCCCAAUCCCGAAACCCAGACCCAGCCGCAGCCGCCUUUCUUCAACCGGCUCCUCUCCCUCGACUUCCCAUCCCCAUCCCUGCCGGACUUCCAGCGUCUCUGCUCCCAAACCACCGACGGCGCCCUCUACCCGCACGCGACGACCAUCAGCAAAAACAUCCCCAUCUACAGCACGCGCACCCUCAGCCUCACCGACCCUGCAAACCUCACCACCGUCCAAAACGAAUGGUACCACAUCCUCUCCGAAGGCCCAGGGAUCUUCGUCCUCCAACACUUCUACGAUGUGGAAGACCAUCACCCGACCCUGACCGCCACCACUGCCGCCUUCAACCGCAUCAUCGCCCACGAAGCCGCCACCACCACUUCCGCCAAAAAGGGCGACCACUUCUCCUCCGGCCACAACGCCCGCAUCUGGAACAGCUUCAGCAAACACGCCUUCGCCGACCCCUCUUCUUUUGUGGCCUACUACUCCAACCCGUGGCUCCGCGCCGUCAGCGAAACCUGGCUCGGCCCCGGAUACCGCCUCACCGCACAGGUCAACGUCGUCCGGCCCGGCGGCCAAGCCCAAUCCCCGCACCGCGACUACCACCUCGGCUUCCAGGAUGACGGUAACUGCGCCCUCUUCCCGAGGGGCAUGCACACCGCCAGCGCGUUCCUGACGCUGCAGGGCGCUGUCGCGCACUCUGAUAUGCCGGAGCGUAGCGGGCCGACGAGGUUCCUGCCGUUUAGCCAGCGCUUCGAGGCGGGGUAUUUGGCCUGGAGGCGCCCCGAGUUUAAGGCGUUCUUUGAGCGGGAGUAUGUGGCUCUCCCGUUAAGGGAGGGGGAUGCCGUGUUCUUUAACCCGGCGGUGAUGCAUGCGGCGGGCGAGAAUUGUUUGGCACAGGAGAGUGGGUUUGAGAGGCGGGCGAAUCUUUUGCAGAUUGGGUCGGCGUUGGGGAAGACGAUGGAGCGCGUGGAUGUUGUGCCUGUUGUUGAGGCGGUGUGGGGGGAGGUUCGGAGGCGGUUUGAUGCUGAGAAGGAGGAGCUGGAUGCGAACUGGGAGGCGUUCGUCCGGGCGCUCGGCGAAGGGUAUCCGUUCCCCACGAACCUGGAUCGCAGGCCGCCGGCGCCCAAUGGCAUGGCGCCGGAGAGUGAGCAGGACUUGAUUCGGAGGGGUCUGUUGGAGGGCUGGGGGACGGAGGAGAUGGCCGCUCGGUUGCGCCAGUUGCAUGAGGACGAGAGGGGUCAUCAGUCUCUCUAA